GCGUAACACAAAACUACCAAAACCUUGCAAAGGUUUGUCAGCUUCGAAGGAAAAAGUGCGUAUGGAGCUGUAGCAGCAAUCGAGUAUGCGAUCGUUGUUCUAGACUCAAAAUUGAAUGCCUUCAAUCGGACGACAAUAAUGAGUACCUCGAAGAAAGUACCGAACUCAUGGGGCUCGAUGGAUUCCAAGAAACACAACGCUGGUGCACCGACCUAAUUCAGCUAGACGCACAGCUACAGCAAUUAGAUUCAAUGAAAACCCAAGUGGUACGACUGUUGUUUCCAAACAACCAGGAACAACAGUUUCAACAAGUGCAGCAGAAGCAACAGGCGUCGACCCAAUGGCAACUCAGCAUUGUCAACGGACUCAUUCAACUCGACACACGAAUUGAAACCGUAGAAGAUUUCAUUCAGUUUACACAAGCGUCGCUUCGUUAUCUUUCGCCUUUCAAGGGAUUAUUUAAGCAAGACCCCAUACGCUUUGAGAGUACGUCGAUCAGCACCACGCUCGGUCUUGGAACAGUACUCCAACGCAAUGUGCUGUCGAAGCCUCGUAAAAAACGAUUUGCAAUGAUCGGCUAUGACGACGAAAACAGCAAUGCAUAUUGUGGAGGUGCAUCCAUCCCAUUCAACCAUCGAGCCAUCAUGGACCACAUUAUCCCACUUUAUCUGGAGCAUUGCAAUAUCCUCACGGGCCACGUGCACACGCCAACUUUUCUCAAUCACUAUCACAGCCUUGAUGAUCCAACGGAGUGCCCUAUUGUCCUCGCUGUAUGCAUCGAUGCACUGGUCUCAAUCCGCCAUGUACUCAAAUAUACGCCCAUACAAAGACGACUUAUGGCUGAAGAAUUCUACAGCAAGUUCAUAGACCUACUGUUCGAACUUUAUGAAGACCCGGAGCGCAAACUGGAUAUUGUAAUUGUGACGAGUCUCGUGGAAGCGUAUCUGACAGAUGCACUUUUGAACUAUGUAGAAUCCCGUCGACUAGUCGCAGUGGCGUUACUUAUCUGCGCGGAACUGGAAGUCGAAGAGCAUAACAUGAAUCGUGUAGAGCGCGCUCUUUUCCAACGACAUCGUAUGUAUCUGGAAACAUGCAACCGGGCAUUCGAUAUGUAUUUUGAAAAUAAGAUCAAUUUCACAAUACCGGACCGAAUGCUCAAGUUGGACAUUUUGGAAGACGAGCCGGAAAAGACACAGCAAUUCGUUCAAUUGUACAAUUACAUUUUUGGCCUCCUCGGUAUCCCAUACAUAUCGACGAUCAUGGGACAAAUUAACGCAAUAUUCUAUGGGAAGCCUUGCGAAUUAAUGUUGGAGGACAUCUUACAAUACGAGCCUAUUGUUCUUGAUUGGUGGAAGGACCUUCCAGCUGAGCUACGUAUCUGUGAAGACCCGUUCGACCCAAUGGUGUACACACUUGUUGAGAAAGAGCUGUCGCCAUUACAGCUCUAUCCAAUCAUUGCCCUGCACCUUCUGACUGGCGUUCUCGCAUCAUCGAUCCUACAGCCUCAAUUUGUCCCAUCCUCUUCAAAAAAUACCAUUUCCAUGAACGUCAUAUUAGCGGUGCGGGAAAAGCUAAUGAAGCUUGCUCUCAACUCAAGUAAAGUUCUGAUUCACUCUUUGAAAUGGAACUGGGGUUUGGAUUCAUCUGAAAAUCCAUCGUUCUCGUUGUGUUUAAUGACCCACGUUCUUUACUGUCUCGAGAAACUUGGCCAUUGCGCAGACCUGCCGUUUCCUGUAGAGCUAUUGCACAUGAUGAAGGAAGAUUUCAACUUGAAGAAGAAGGCUCUAUUGCCGGCCGACCAUCAAGUCCCGUCAACUUCUUCUUUGGUCACUUCCUACUUAGAAAAUACGAAUCUUCCUACAACACAUUUACUAUAUGAGCAAUAUCCGCUACCGGGAUUAGCAAUGCUGUCUGAUAUACUCAUCUCAUCUUUCAAUCAGUUAGAUCGAAGAUAUGUCAAUAUUACGAUUUAGCUAAACAUGAUAUCCUUCCGUCGUCCACAUCCACACCUUUUGUAACUUCGAGAUGCAUAACAAUGUUUCUGAUACUUCCAUCUAUAAUCAGUCAGUUAUUGUAGAAAUAGCAGCUUAAAAAAUAGUCGGAAAAGACCAAAAUUAUGCAAAUUUCUAAAAUCAAGUAUGUUUUCUGCUAAUGACUACUCAUAUCAGUAAAAGGAAAUUGUAUGUAAUCUGAAUAACACACAUCUGUGUAACGGGUGUUGGAUGUUUGAAGGGCCAUUAUUUGCAGCUUCUAUACGGUUUUAUAGUAACAAAUUCUGCAUGUUGUUAUAAAUCUUCUUCCUCAAACGGCUUUUCUGAGGACUGUAACUGUCGUUAGAGCUUGACUUAGAUGAGCUACUGAUGCCUUGAUUAGCAACUAAAGUGGUAGCCCAGCCACUAGCCGG